AUGGCGCCAGUCUCGUGGUUGGUUCUGUCUGAGGAGACGGUUCGGAAGCGCAGCGGCCUGGGGCCCCAACGCGACCUGGCUGAACUUCAGUCAUUGUCUAUUCCCGGAACAUACCAAGAGAAGAUUACUCACCUAGGAAGUUCUCUGAUGCAGCUAACAGGUCUAAAGUCUUUAGAUCUUUCACGCAACUCUUUGGUUAGUCUAGAGGGCAUUCAGUACCUGGUUUCUUUAGAAAAUCUCAACCUCUACUACAAUUGCAUCUCGUCCUUAGUGGAAGUGUUUCGGCUUCACACCUUAACUAAACUCCAGGAUGUGGACUUGCGGCUAAACCCAGUUGUGAAGAAUGAGCCUGACUACCGACUGUUUGUGCUGCACAUGCUCCCCAGGCUCCGGCAGCUGGAUGAUCGUCUGGUGAGAGAGAGUGAGCGGAAGGCUUCCCGACUGCAUUUUGCUUCGGAGGACUCACUUGACUCAAAGGAGAGCUUACCAGCUGCUUUGAAAGUUGGAAGGCCACACCGCUCUAGGGUCAGGUGUGCUGAUACCUCAGCCAAGAAGUGUUUGGUCAUGGAUGCGGAUGAUGAGGCGGUCCUGAACCUCAUUGCCGAGUGUGAGUGGGACCUCAACAAUCCUCCUGGGAGCACGAGUUCCAGCCAGGAGCAAGAAGUCACCAUCCGACACACCCAAGUGUCCCGUCCAGCAGAGUCCAGAAAUCUGCCGAGCCCUCCACCUGUCCAGCACCAGUGUGGGGACACCCCAAGGAAGGGUCGUGAUAAGAGGAGAGCCAGCUCCAGCACGUACUACUCCGAGCAGCCACCUCCACACCAGCACUGUUGGGAGCUGUCUCCACAGCAUGGGGAGCCUGAGGCCUGCUGUGCCCACAACCCGCACACCAGUGUCAGCACUCACCCAGCCUCCACAGAUAUCGAGGACUCUUCCUCUUCUUCUCAGAAGCCAAAUUUGUCAUCACAAAAGCCACCUCCUGUAGUACAUUUGGCAGCUCCACUGGAGAGGAGGGCUGCCCUGGAGAUGGUGCUCCUGGAGGCGCUCCUCGACCUGGUAGACAAGUACUGGAGUGGCUGCAGGUCCCUGCAUGGGAACCAGAUGUUCCUAGCCCAGGCAAGGCAUGUUUUGUCAUCUGUCCAAGAGCUGGCAUCAUCUCAAGGCAGUGCAGCACCUGGAAAUGAAGAAGUCAGCCAGCUGGCCCUUGAAAAUCAGUCUCUGCACAUGCGACUUGCUGAGCAGCAGCAGCAGUACACCACGACCGUGAGUGAGGUGACAGCGGAGCUCAGUAGUGCCCAGCGGGAGGUGGAUACCUUGAGACAACAUUUAGACAGGUCUUUGGAGGAGAAUAAUAGCUUAAAAUCUAUGUUGUUUAACAUGAAAAAAGAAGUAAAAAAUGAAGAGACAUCAGCAGCAUUAAAUGUGCAGAUCUCUGGACUUCAGAUGAGUAUCAAGCAACUGUCUGGUGAGGUGGUGGAACUAAAGCAGCACCUCGAGCACUAUGACAAGAUCCAGGAGCUCACCCAGAUGCUGCAGGAGAGCCACAGUUUCCUGGUCAACACCAACGAGCACCUCCUGCAGGAACUGAGCCGGGAAAGGGCACAGCACAGGGCAGAGGUGGAGCAGAUGCGCUGGAGCUUCCAGGAGCUUAAGAAGACUGCAGCCCUGUUCCCACCUCGCAGUGACAGCCUUGGGGACUGCUAGUCCUGCUGAUCCUACUCAGAGCUAUGCAUGUCCUCUGCCACAAGUGUGCACUCUUGCACUUCUGUUUGCUGGUGAGACUUGACCUUUGUGUUUGUAGUUACAUUUUCCUCACUGAAGCACAUUCAGGGUCUGUAACUCAGCUCUUUGAAGAAUCCUAAAAUUACAGGGUGGACCCUGGACUUCACCUGUCAGAAGACAUACCAGCGAUUGCUUUGUCAUCAAACUACAUGAGAUGAAGGCGCCACAGCACUUUCCUUCCACAGCACUUCCCUUUGUACUAUGUAUGCUAAUUAAAGGAAUAAUUUCUUGUGCAGUAAACAGUCCUUAUUCAAUGAAUAAUAUAUUCUGAA